AUGGUAGCACAUCUAACAAGAGGAACUUGGAUGUUCUUUGGUGAAUCAAUGCUACAUAUUCCAACUUUAUUAAUCAUUAUCAUACCAAAUAUCUAUGCAGAGAUUCAAAAGAAAAAACAUUUAAAAGUAAACUUGAAACAAUUUUAUCUUAAAUCGAUUCCAUUUUUGGUUUUCAUGUCCAUGUUUUUUGCACUUAUAUUGAGAAUAUUCUCUGGUGUUUCAGCAUAUUUUUCCGAUGCCGAAGCAAUGUAUAUGGAUCCGACUACUCUUGCUCUUUGGACAUGGGCUGUUCAGUUCAUGGUUUUUGAGUAUUUCUUUAUUGAGUUGCUUUGGAUCAAGUUGGCCGUUGUAUUUUACUCAAAGGAUGACGAUCUACCCUUGAAUAGAGUCAAGAUUAUCGAUAAAAUUGUCAUCGCCAAUAUUAUUUUCUCUUUAACUUUUCAUACUGUUUUUGCCAUUUUGCAAGGUGUUUGGAACGAUCCAUUUGGAAAUCGUAAGUGGUGGGACACCGUUUGGAGAAUCUAUUUCCUUGGUUACGUUGGUUUGAUCGCUCUCUCAUUGACACACUUUGGUAUCCAGAUCUUGGUUCAUCUCACUAGAAAGAGAAGUUUGGACGAGUUGCUGAAAAAGAAGAUUAAAGGAGUUCUAGGUCUUUCAGUGUUUAUGGGUAUUACUCUGUGGGUGGUCAACAUGCUCUACAUUUUCAAUCCUAACGACUCUCUUGACUGGAUAAACUUGGCUAUUUAUAUUCUCGAGGUAAUCAAUAUCUAUUGGGUUUCAAUCAUUCUGGGCAGAGGUUACAUUUGCACACGUAUCAGAAUGGCACUUGGAUUCCCAGAGAUGAUCGAAGAGCACACCUCCAACACAUCAUCAGGAGACAUUUCACUCCAAAGAACAGCUGCUCUUGAUUCAUCUGGUGUUGAUAUAUCUGUUGAUAGAAGCAUGACCGAUGACCAAAAAACUUCAACUGGAAGUUUACAAACUGUAUAA